ACGGACAGUUUUAUUAGCAAAAAAAGCUGCUAGAUUUAGCUUUAAUUCCAGUGGUAGAUAUAGCUUAAAUAAUGGUAUUCUAAAUAGUGGGUAUUUAAAUAACCAGAAUGAUUUUGGAAAAGCCUUCCGCUCAACUGCAAAUGCUAAUUAGAACAAAAUGCAACGAGAACGUUGAAACUAGAAAUCAGGAUCUCGAAAAUAUCAAGGAAUGGUUAAGAAAACAGCCGCAUUUGCCUGAUACCUGGGAUGAUGAAAUGUUACUUGCUUAUUUACGCAACUGUAAUUUUUCCCUGGAAAAAACUAAAACUAAACUAGACAAAUUCUUUAGUAUCAAGCAUGCACUUCCGGAAAUUUUUGCAGAUUAUGAUAUCACAAGACCGGAGUUACAAGAGUGUCUACGUGGCGUCCAAAUCUACACGAGCCCUCGCCUCACGUCUGAAGGGUACCGAGUACACUUUGUUCGCGUUGUUGAUUCAGAACCAGAUAAUAUUAAUUUGAUCACAUUUCUAAAACUUGUAAUAAUGAUUGCCCAAGCUUAUCUCAAAAGCGAAGAUGUUGAAGCGGCUGGUGAAGUCCAAAUUGUAGAUGCAAGUUUCUUCAGUUAUAAACAUUUUGCUCAAAUUACUCCGACGUUUGCCAAAAAGCUUCUCACUCUAGUCCAAAAUGCCUUUGCUUACAAAAUUAAACAAUUUCAUGUAAUUAAUGCACCGGCACUUGUAGAUCCUCUCCUAAAAGUUGUAUCUCCAUUUCUUAAACAAAAACUAAGGAAUCGGAUAUAUUUGCACCGGAAUGUGGAGUCCCUCGUUGAUCAUGUCCCGAAAGAUAUGACUCCAGAAGAGUUCGGUGGAAACGCUGGAAAAAUGAAACCUCAUAUGGACAAAUUAAUUGAAUUAAUUAGUGGAGAGUUUAACUCGUGGCUAAAACAACAAGAACUUCUUAAAUCGGACGAAACGAAAAGAAUUGUAAGGCCACAAUGGUGCGAAGAUGUGUUUGGGUUAGAUGGUAGUUUCAAAAUGCUGAAUAUAGAUUGAUUCAUUUCUUGAUUGCAUUUGUCUGUAUGUAAUCAUUUUUAUUAGUCACAGAAGUUGGUAUGAUAUUGCACUUAAAUAAACAAUUAUUUUAAUGUAUUAAUGCUUAACUACCUCUAUAUUUCUACGCAAGUAUCCGUAUUCUACAGUAAACUCUAAA